UUUCAGGUUCUGUGAUUGUGCUGCAUAUUUUGUAAUUUGGCACAUGGGAAGAGGAUGACAGACUCAAAUCAAGUAAAAAUCAACCUUGUGGCUUAUUCAGAUGAUGAUUCCUCCACUUCAUCAACGAUGGAAUCUCCCUGUGCAUCUGACAAAGACAUGACUAGGAUUGACAAUCCAGUGGUAACUGAUCCUCUACCACAGUCCAACAUUAUCCCAUUGCAAGUACAAGGACCUGAAAAUGGAGGGCAGAUAAACUCAUUCCAUGCAGUUGAAGCAACAUCUGAACAAGUAGAUAAAGAAUCUCCAGAACUAGUUACAAAAGCAGAUGAAUUUGUCCAACCAGAGCUUGAUGAUGUCCAAAUCACAAAAGAGACUCAAAAUUCAGACCUUGUCUGGACAUUGCCCUUGAUUCCUGAAAAUCAGUCAAGGAUGGAGAGGAAGGAAGAGGACUGGAGUUCUCAGGCCACAUAUGGUUCCUCUGAACGUGAUGUCCCUUCCCUUUCUGGUAUGAGCCCAAGGAGUGUAAGUACUACAGAUGUUGGGGAUGCUUGCAUUGAGGAUAUAAAAGAUGUCAUGCAAGUAGAUGAGCUUGCAGAAGAUGCAGCUGCUGAAGGACAUGAUGAACCUGUGGAGGAUAUCCAAGAGAGUGCUUUACACGAUGAACUUCCUGAAAACCCAACUUUUCGAGAAGAAUCUGAAGAAACAAUGGAUAAUGAUGAAGGUGCGAUGGAUGUUACUGGAGAUUCCAAAUCAUUUCAACCUGUGGAUAUCAGUUCAUCAUGUGCCAUGGAUGGAAUGAGGAACACUUUGGAAGAAAGUGAAGAAGCCAUGGAAAGUGACCAAGAGCCAACUGAGGGUAAAAGUGAAUCACAAAUGAAUCAAAGUGCAGUCUCCAUAAGUGUUGAGGAUUCUAGCUUGAACAAUCUUACUGAUGCAUCUAAAGUAUCACAUGUAAAUAAGACUUUCAUGGGCACUCUAUAUACUGAUGACUCAAAUGCUCUCAGCGAGUUUCCAAAAUUUUCAAAAAAUAAUGGAGAUGAAGAAAAUUUGGUAGAAGAUACAAGCCGGUCAAGCAUUGAGAAUUCUUUUCAGGAUUUCACAGAGGAGCCAUCACAUCCAUGUUCACCCUUUGAAGUUCAGCCUCCUCCUAGAUCUGCAAUCCUUCCAGAUGAAGAUUCACAGGGCAGCUCUCUGAGUCAGAGGGUGAAGAAGCCCCGAAACAUGGAGAUUGAUGUUUUUUAUCAAGGCCCAAAACAGAAAGUAUUCACAGCAGAUGCAAUUUAUAUGUACCAGUGGCCUCCUGGAGAUCCAAGGAGUGAGUUUUUUGUACUCCAGGAGCAUAUUGGAGAAUUCCUUGGAAUCACAUCUUUUAAGAGGAGAUAUCCUAAGCUGUUCCGCCGCCAAUUGGAAUGUGUAGAGAAGACAUUCCUGUUAGACAGAAGAGUUGUCACAGAGCAGCAGGGCAAUCUAGGACUUACAGCAUUAAAGCAAGAGGAGGUGUUGGAUAUCCUCAGUGCUGACUUCCCUGACAAGUUUCAGGAAGUGAUGAAGGUCAUACAGGAGAGAAAACGUAAAACACUUGCUGAGAAGCAGGCCUUAGGCCCACCAGCUUUCUUGCCCAUACUGCCAACUCUUCCUUUGGGGAUAUCAGAUAAGGGAAAGAUGGAAGAUAAUGCAAAACGUGCAGUUCGAGCAGCAGCUGAGUGGAAUGCUCACUUCAACCGAGAAAGAAGGGAGGAACGCCGGGCAUUCCUUGACCUUCAGACUUAUACUGUCCAUCAUCCUGUGAACAAGUACAAGCGUGCAAACAAAGAAGACACCAAGAUGGGGCUCUACCCUAUUGCCCUUGUCCCUGGGCAGUUUUGUGAUAACUACAAGAUGUAUACUCCUGCAGAACUAAAGUACAUGCCUCUGAAUACAGUCUUAUAUGGACCCAUGCAGAAACCUGAUUCAGAGGGGGAAGAAGAAGAUAACAGAUCUCAAUCUGACAGCGAAGAUUCAUCAUCAGACGAUUCAAGUUCUUCCAGUCAGGAAGGCUCUGAUGAAACUGGUUCAGCAAAGGGAGAUGGAAUGAAGACUGAGAGUGAUGAACUAGAGGAACCUGAAACUGGUGGCCCAAAAUGCAAAGUGUGCUCUGGGACAAGACAUCAUAAUAAGCUUGGAAAGCCUGAGGAGCUUGUAACUUGUGCAUCUUGUGAGCAGAGUGGGCAUGUGAGUUGCUUGGACCUUAUGCCAGAGAUUUUGGCAAAGGUGACAAGCUAUGAAUGGCAAUGUAUGGAAUGCAAAACAUGUGUUCUCUGCAAAGAUGCUGAAGAUGAAGACAAGAUGAUGUUCUGUGAUCUCUGUGAUCGCGGGUAUCACAUAUAUUGCAUUGGACUAAGGAAGGUUCCUGGAGGUAGGUGGCAUUGUGUUGAGUGUGCCAUUUGUGAUUCUUGUGGGACAAGGAAUGCAGGAGGAUCAGAUGAAGAGCGUCUUGCCAAUUGGCAGCAUGAGGCUUGUCCCUUGCUUUCAUUCAUGAUUCCUUGA